UGAAAAACAUGGCGCUCAAACAGCACCUCAGUCUUGUUGCCAUGUGAAAUUCGUGCGAAAUGGCAAAGGUUCAGAACCCACGUAAGAAGGCGGAUAACCCCGCUGUGAAGAAGGAGACCAACCCAAAACCCAAAAGAAGAAACAAGGAAAGACGCGUCUACUGUAUUUUAUGUCGUAGGAGAUAUUUGAAACAUGAAUCGCAAGAGCAUAUGCACAGCAUGCUGCAUCACCGGGAGAUGGAAACAGCGCUGGGCAAACAUUCAUUUCAUCAAUGCCAGGCGUGUAGAGCAUCCUCCAUGGGUUUAAAUGAGUAUGCCCAGCACAUCUCCACAGCUCAACACAAAGAUAAGUUGAAGAGCUUGAUGGCUAAAAAUGUGAAGGCCCUUUCGCUGCAUAAGACUCUGAACAAAGAGGCCGUGAACAGAAUCCUGGAGAGAAACAAGACUCUAAAGAAAGAGGAGAAGAAAAUUAUGAAAAAGAAAAAAAAGAAACUGAAGCAGGUAGCUGGUCAGAAGCAUGCAAAUGUGAAAUCGGUGAUCACCAGAAAAAACAAAGUGGCUUCCAGAGUAGUAAACCCUGAACAAUCCAAAAUAGCAAACCGGACAACACUGAAACAAAUGCAAGAAACCCACCAGAAAGGCAGUGGUUAUGCUGUUGUUCAGAACAAGGAGAACAAAAUAUCCAGUAGGUAUAAUAAGAACUUUUCUGUCAGCAACCAAACUAACACCCAAGGAGGUGACAAGACACCGCAGCAAUUAUCAUGGCCUGCCAUCAGCCAUAACUGUUACAAUGAGCAGUAUGAUUUAGACUUCACCAGUGACUACCUCCCUGUAAAUGGAUCCAUCAUCUUCAAUCAAGACCAAGAUGUGAGGCCAAGUACUUCACAGCCAGGACAAGAACUAGCUGCUAAUUCUGCUAACACAUCUGCCAAUGCUGCGCCCAUACGGGAUAUGGAUGUCAGCACAAUGCUUAGGCAAAUCAGAAGGGCGCUGGGUGUGAGGGAACCAUGUAGAGCAGAUCGUGAAGCUCGGAAGCAGAGCAGCGAGGCAGGUGCCCAGGUGACUGAUCAUUACACCGCUCAACAAGUUGGAACUAGGAAAGAGCAGCAAGCAGGUGGCUCCUUCAGGAACCACAACAAUGAAGCUGCAGAUGCAUGUGUGCAGUUUCUACCUGCUAAGCAGACAACUUCCAAAACAACACAAGGAACGACUGAGCAUUGGGAGAGGAGCAAAGUGGUUGUGUGUGACUCAGAUGGACCAUCAUACAGCAGUGAAAGCUGUCAGUCUUGGGGAGCAUCUGCUAUUCCAGCCCUUGACAGUCUAGUUCCAGUCAGGGGAUAUCAGACCACAUCUGUUGAGCCCAAAGUUCGAAUUGCCCACAAACCAAGCAAAGAUCAGGGGGGCAAAGAGGAUGGACUUAAACCAACUAUGCAGAAGUUGCUAACUUUAUCAGGUGCCCGUAGUAAGUUGAACUGGAGGGAUAUGAGAUGGAAAAAACAGGAGAAGAGUAAUGGCAUGCCCAGGUUUGGAACUGAGUUGGGGAACCCUUUCUCUGGCCAAGAAUGCUCAGCGCAGACGGAGGACAACGACAUGCCGCUUUCAGAGGGCUUCCACUGGGAGUCACUUCCAGGCGCUCCGCCGAGUACCCACUGGCCCCAGCGUCCUCCACCCCAGUACACAACAAAUAACGACUCUCUCACCGAGAUACGGUCCAGUUCUAGGAUGCAGGGGAGUGUGGGGCAGUCUUCUCCAACACAGGAGGGCAGCACUCACACAGCAGCAGCAGUGCCAGUGAAAGUGGAACCAAACUUGGGGGAUGAAAACAGAGAUUUGAGAGACGACAGCAGUGCCAACAAGAGGAAACACAACUUAGUAAGAAAUGAUGGCAUUUCUGAUGUGGAGGCAGGUGGAAAAAAGAAGAAAACUAAGUCAAACAAGGACCAGGGCCAAAUGGACCAGCUGUUGGCAGUGUCUCUGAGGGAGGAGGAGCUGAGCCACUCGCUGCAGGAUUUGGACAAGUCUCUGGUUCAGGCCCACAAUGCAUUGCAAGCUGCCUACGCAGAAGUCCAAAGACUCCUGCUGCUGAAACAGCAGUUUACUGCUGAGGUCAACAGUCUGAGAGCGAAACGGAUUGAGAUCCUGCAGGGGAUGCAAGAAGGAUAUACAGGAGGAUCAAAAGCUGUGGAGAAAGCCUCCACCUCAUCAGCAGGGACAGCUGAUACCUCCAGCCAGCUACCAUCUGCCUCAAACCCAGCAUCUUCCAUCAGUCAGCAUCCUCCAACCUCUCUGUCCCUGCCAAGCAUUUCAGUAAAGCAAGAAAUCUACCAACCACCCAGCGCUGGACAGCCAAGUCUGUUAGCCCAAACCGUCUCAUGUAACACUGUUGAACCUCGUGUGGCCUUGUUUCCUUCUGAUCUACUGCUACUCUCACCGCCACACUUGGCUGCUUCCACAACUGCUGCUACCUCUUCCAUACAACUCAGGCCAGGGUGUUCCACAUUGGUGAAUACGCCACCUGCUGCUGAGUCUUCCUACAAGCAGCAGGAGCCCGUGCCAAGGGAAGGGUUAAAUGUGAGUGUAAAGAAAGAAAGUUUAGUAAGGGAAGAAAUACUGUUGGUUGAAAGUCACUCUGAGGAGGAGAUGGUGGGAAAUCUCAGCAAUGAGCAAGUGAAAGGGAAACAGUUGACAGCAGUAAAGUCAACUUCUGCCCCUGAAAAAGAUAAAAACGCAUCGGCUGCAGCAUCAGACGACGAUGGAGGGAAUGAGAGCGAUAACUCGGUGGAAAUGGUGGAGCCCUCCAACCUGGUGGUCAUUGAUAUUGACGAAUCAGAUAAGGAGGACUCACCUGAGACUGUCUCAAAUGUUACAGUUCAUCAAGAGCCUCUUCAGAAGUCUGUCAGUGUGGAGUUCAGUUCUGCAAACACACAGACACUUCAGCAAAAUGUUGAGAGAAAAUUUCAGCCAGUGAAAGAGGCGAAUAUUCAACCUGAGUCUGUUCAGCCAGUCGGGGAUGAGGAACCGUUCUUUGGUGCCUUCGUAAACCACACAGGCCCCGUCCACGGCCUGCAGGUCCACGAUGGCUUCUUGUACACAUGCUCAGGGGACAACACAGCACGAGCCUACAAUCUGGUGAACGGGGAGUGCCAGGCAGUGUUUGAGGGCCACACAAACAAACUCAACUGUCUGCUGGUGUCGUCGCUCCCCAACAUGCCGGCAUGCCUCUACACCGGCUCCAGUGACCAGACUAUCUGCUGUUACAGCAUAAAGUCUAAGAAGUGUCUGGAGCAGAUCCCUCUACCAGACCGAGUGUUGUGUUUGCACAUAGCCUGGAACAUCCUGUAUGCUGGGCUCGCUAAUGGAUCAGUGGCAAGCCAUGAUCUGAAGACUCUGAAACAGCUGGAUGUCUUUGAGUGCCAUGGCCCACGAGGCGUCAGCUGCCUGGGUUCGUCCCAGGAGGGCGCCCGCCGGGUGCUGCUGGUUGGCUCCUAUGACAGUACCAUCAGCGUACGAGACGCCAAGAACGGUCUGCUGCUGCGCACGCUGGUGGGACAUUCCAAGACUGUACUCUGUAUGAAGGUGGUGAAUGACCUGGUCUUCAGUGGCUCCAGUGAUGCAUCUGUUCAUGCCCACAACAUCCAUACGGGUGAGUUGGUUCGUAUCUACAAGGGUCAUGGUCACGCCGUCACAUCCAUUGUCAUCUUGGGGAAAGUGAUGGUCACAGCCUGUCUGGAUAAACUGGUUCGAGUUUAUGAGCUGCAGUCUCAUGACCGCCUGCAGGUGUACGGUGGACAUAGUGAUAUGGUGAUGUGCAUGGCUAUCCAUAAGAGUGUGAUCUACACGGGUUGUUAUGAUGGAAGUGUCAAAGCAGUAAAGCUCAACUUGAUGAAGAACUUCCGCUGCUGGUGGCAGAAUUGCGGUUUGAUUUUCGGCAUGGCGGAGCACCUACAGCAGCACCUCAUCGGAGACCACAGCAACCCCAAACUGCAGACAGUCAAAUGCCGCUGGAAAGGCUGCAGCGCAUUCUUUUCCACACAGCAGCAAGUUAGAAAGGAACUUCCCAAACACACGCAGAGCCACGUGUACAAAGACAGUAAGGUGCAGCCUUGACGAGGCUAGAGUUCACACACCAACUGUUCACCAAGUUCUUUUCAGGAUUUUCAGUUUUGUGGUUACAUUACUGUUCAUUUCCAAUGGGAAUUUUUCCUGUUUUUCUAGCGUUUUUUCUUUGACCUCAGACUUUCUCUAACAUCUGUUUUGUCGAAACUGUGAUAGCGAGAGGAGACUUGUUAUUGAUCCCUGAGGCUGUUUUUAUGAAGGGAUUCAGAUGUGCAGUGUUUAAUUCUGCUCAGUGUCAAAAUGCCAAAAAAAAACAUGUCUUGCAUUCAUUUAAAAUGUUUUGCAUCUUUACACUUGUAUACCAUCUUUUAAUGAACUAAACCUGUUUAUUUCCCACAGAAUUUUUUAGGCAUUGUCUCAAUCCCUUUGAUUAGAAAACACAUCUUUUUCCUUAUGGGAAAUUGGAUAAAGUGAUAAAGGACGUCAAAUGCAGACCAAACUGUCCAGAGAGUAACUUGUAUGAAGCUGUAUAAAAUUCAUGCCUUAAUAAGUGUAUGUACUGUACAUUACUGUAUGUAUUACAUUUGUAUUUAAUACCUAAAGUAUGUGUACAGCAGUAAAAUUGUAUGUAUUACAGUGUUUACCUGCAUUACAUUUUAAAAAUGA